AUGAACAAAAAAUCCGAUAUUUUCUUAAAUAUAUCUUAUGAAAAGCAUCAAUCAACUUCUUUUGGUUCAUCACCAAGUGCUAGUACAGCUAUGAAAGAUGAAAAAAUUGCUUUGACUGUACCACCAAAGUCAAUAGAUGGAAGUUCUCGAUUAGCUGCCCGUCGAACAACGUAUAAUUUACAAAUGAAUAAUCUUAUGCGACUGAACCGUCUAAAAGUUGAUCGACGUUUUGCUUUAGAAACAAUAUUCUUGGCCACUGAAUAUUUACUUAGGUGGACAUCAUAUGCUGUUGUGGUUUUAUUUUAUUUAUUCAACGUGAAAUUUAUUGACCAACAAUCAGUAUUAAUGACAAUAUGUGCAUUUAUUGCCAAAAUUCCAAUGAUUUUAAAUCCAUUUAUUUAUUUAGCAACAAUAAAAACUAAUCAGUUCAAAUCAAUGUUGUAUUGCAGCAAAUGUUCACGUUCUUAUUGUCAAAUGAGAAGUAUUUUGGGUUCAUAA